AUGGCCGCCAUCUUGUGUCCGUGGAUGAGUAAAAUGUACUGUACAGAUAUCGGGGCAGCUUUGAACCAGACUUCGCCAGGAUGGUGCAAGUAUCGCGAGGCGGCAAGAGUUAUCUACCCUCUCUGUUGUGCCAGGUCUACCGGUGCAGUUCAUGGAAUGUGGUCAGCAUGGAAGAACCCAGCGACAUUUCCGGAUUGUUCCGUGACGUGCGGAGACGGAACGAUUAUUUACGAUCAGACACGAAGCUGUGACAACCCGCCACCUAGCUCAGGGGGGAAAUAUUGUCGAGGGCCGUCUUACAGAACUUGGACAGAGUCGUGUCACCGCCCUGACUGUCCAGUUUUACCAGUCGAUGGCGGUUGGUCAAAGUGGGGUCCACUGGAGAUAUUAAUUGACUGCAGUGUUACGUGUGGUUCCGGCGAGCGGACCUAUCAGUUAACAAGGGACUGCAACAACCCCGCACCGAGUAAUGGCGGGAAAGACUGCGUGGGGACGCCAAAAAUAGCAGUAUAUCAACGGUGUCUGAAACCUAGAUGUCCUACAGGUGUAGUAAAUGGAGGGUGGUCUGGAUGGAUCACACCUGUCCCGUUACCUACGUGUCCCGUCACGUGUGGGGUUGGUUACAUCCCUGUCACCCAGACACGUCAAUGCACCAACCCCCCACCCUGCAACGGCGGCCUGUACUGCCAGGGACCCUCUCAGAAGAGCGUGCACAUUCCGUGCGUCCUGCAGAACUGUACUAACCAGCUAGUUUGGUCAGCGUGGCAGGACCCUGUUCCACUCCCAACCUGUCCUGUGACGUGUGGAACGGGAACUAUAACAUACACACGGACACGACAGUGUAACAACCCUCCACCCAGCAACGGGGGAAACAACUGUCUGGGAUCGUCAUUACAAGCUGCAUCACAGUUCUGUAACACUCAGAGCUGUCCAGUUCACGGUGGAUGGUCAGCGUGGCAGGACCCUGUUCCACUCCCAGCCUGUCCUGUGACGUGUGGAACGGGAACUAUAACAUACACACGGACACGACAGUGUAACAACCCUCCACCCAGCAACGGGGGAAACAACUGUCAGGGAUCGUCAUUACAAGCUGCAUCACAGUUCUGUAACACUCAGAGCUGUUCAGUUGACGGCGCCUGGUCAGCGUGGGGAAGUCCUGUGAUGUCAUCAUGCAGCGUCACGUGUGGAGGAGGGACUCAAACUGUGACUCGGACUCGCACUUGCACGGAUCCAGCGCCAAAGUCUGGUGGUUUGAAUUGCGUUGGAGAUUUUCAAAAUGUCACCAUUGUAGCCUGCAAUACCCACGACUGUUCGAUUAGCUGUGGUGAAUCAGUUCUAGGAAUCCUACCCACGGCUAGAAUUAUCGGCGGUGAGACGGCCACGGCGUGUGAGUUUCCAUGGGUAGCGGCUGUUAUACGUGACAACAUCCUCAUCUGCGGGGGCGUGCUGGUCGACGAAACACACGUGGUCACUGCAGCGCACUGUUUACAACAAAUGGGAUCAUACUCUGUACAGGUGGGGAAACAUUACUUCGACGAUACACAGAACACUCAGUAUCUUCAGGAAAUCUCGGCAAAAACAGUGCUCCACGAAAAGUUUGGUAUAGGAGGUCCACUGUUGAACGACAUUGGUGUGUUAACGUUAAGCACCCCAGCCGUGUACGGAGACUGCGUUAGGCCGAUAUGCGUAGCCAACAGCACACGAAAACUCAACUACAGUCUUCCUGGAAUCGUCAUAGGCUGGGGAGUCACACAAACCAACAUACGGAAGCCCAGUAGCGAGUUGCGGAAGGUGUCUUUGACUAUGUACGACAGCGAACCUUGCAGGACGUUGUUCAACGAACCCACCAGCAUCGUCAGCGACGGCGUCAUGUGUGCUUCAAACGGGCAGCUGGGAGGAAAAGACGCAUGCUCGGGUGACUCUGGCGGACCAAUAAUGGCGGUUGUAGACAACAGAUACUGGUUGUUCGGUCUCGUGUCCACCGGAAGAGAGUGCGCCUUGGAGGGGGAGACGGGAUUCUAUACGAAGAUAGAAGCCUAUUACGAUUGGCUUACCAGUCACACUCAGUUACAAUAAACACUGUUCAAGAAUGUUCAUAUGAUAAAAAGACAUGCACGAUA